AUGGCUAACGCUUCUAACAUCACCACUAACUCUGCUUUAGUUUCUAACGCUGCCGUUGCUGCCUCCUCCGUUACUGCCGUUGCUACUGCUGUCGCUAACGCUUCCAACACCACCUCCAACUCUUCUACCAGCACCACCGCCUCUUCUAAUGCUGCUGCCGGUAUGGUCGCCAACCCAGUCUCCUGGAAGUACGGUUUCGCCAUGGGUGCUGUUGUCGCCGGUUCUUUCAUCUUAGGUUCUGGUAUCUAA